GGAAAGGGAAGCAGAGAGAGAGAGAGAGAGAGAGAGUUGGUCUGAUUUGUUUGGUGAUCAGAGCCAAUAGAAAUCCUGCGGUUUGAUAAGAUCCACAUGCGGGUGACGGAGAAGAGCCAGAAACAAGAGUUCAAACACAGCAGGGAGACAGAGAGAGAGAGAGAGAGAGAGAGAGAGAGAGAGAGACAGAGAUAGAGACAGAGGGGAGAAGACUGACUCAGAGAGACAGAUAGAAAAACUCCAUCCCACUGAGCAGGACAGAAAUUGUGCUGAAGAACACUCGUGAAGUUCUCCUCCAACUUCUGGAGACAGAGAGGCAUCUCUUCAGAGACACAUCCUGAUCCUGACAAGUCCUCCUUCUUCCAUGGGCAUCAGAGCAGCAUUCAGUCCAAGACCCAUACACACACCAGCACUCUCACCCUAACCACUGCCGGAAUACACACACACACACACACACACACAAACAUACACACACACACACACGCUGAGAACUGGACCACUGCAGACGAGAGGAUGUGCUGCAAGCUGCUGUUUUGGGUUCUCCUGGCCGGCGUGCUGUGUGCUGCGUCCGAGAGUCGUAAGACCCGCCCACAGAGCUCAAUCCCAUCACCGUUCAAAACCAGCUCAAACACAUCUGAUCGCCGUGGCCGGAAACAGGAAGUACUGGCCUCUAGUCAGGAAGCCCUGGUAGUGACAGAGAGGAAGUACCUGAAGAGCGACUGGUGCAAGACACAGCCUCUGCGGCAAACCGUGAACCAUGAGGGCUGCCUGAGCCGCACCGUCAUCAACCGCUUCUGCUAUGGCCAGUGCAACUCCUUCUACAUCCCUCGGCAUGUUAAGAAGGAGCAGGAGUCGUUCCAGUCGUGCGCUUUCUGCCGGCCGCACCGCUUCACUACGCUCACUGUGGAGUUGGAAUGCCCUGACCUGCAGCCACCCUUCCGGCACCGGAAGAUCCAGCGGGUCAAGCAGUGCCGGUGUAUUUCUGUUAAUGUUGCUGAAUCUGGGAAGCAGUAAAGCUGAAAGACUAUGGCAGCCUGCCUGGGACGUUGGACAAAAGAAAUAUCUAAAAUAUAUAUGACAAACAUUUUUUUUGUAGAAUUUGGUACCUAAUAUAGGCAGAGUCAAAAGCUGCUAAUAAUUUUGAGAUGUCUGGAGCUGUCCUUGUAAUUGGGCAGCUUUUAUUGGUGUAGAUCUUGUCACAUGUGUUGUUUUGUGUGUUAUAUCAAGUUUGCAUCUUGAGACUGAUGCUUUCUGAAAGGACAAAAAGACUUGCUGAAGGAGAAGAACUGAACACCACCAUUCUCUAAUGCUGCCUAUGACCAUCUCGCCCACACGUUCUCGGACAGAAACGCCACCUGCUGGGGCGGUAAAAAAAAAAACUGCUGAAAAGUAAAGCACAGUGUCCGAGUUGCGUUUGGAUCUCGUCCUAAUCUGAUCACUCUAAUCUGUAGCAGACAUGUACAAUACAGAUGCAGCAGACUUUCCUUGCCGGUGUUUUGAGGGAAAUGAGGUGGCUGAGCUGCUGGACUGUCAGUAACAGGACAGGUGGGGGCAGAGACUUGAAUUGGCCAAUCAUGCUGCUUGCAGUGACUUCAAAUUAAGCCUUAUUCAAAGAAUAUACCAUUGUAUUACUAGACCGAGUAUAAUAGAGAUUAUAUAUGAUGGUACCCUAAAAUGUAUAUAUCUAGAGAAAGAAAUGACCUCUAUAUUAAAAUCUAUUUCAAGUAGAAUCCUGGUUUUGCUUUGUGUCACACAAAACUGUUGAAGUCAGCAUUAAGACAUGAAUAGAUAAUGCUACAGUAAGUGACAUCGGUAUAAAUCGUAUAUAUAUGAACACCGAGAUGAUAAAUGCCUACAUUAUUGUUUAUGCAACAAUAGCGAUGAAAAAUAUUAGCAGUUGGUUAAUCAGAUGUAUUCAUUAAGACCUGAGCUUUGGUUUGGCUUGCAUUUUAGAUUUCUUCUAGCUAUUUGGGGUUAGGAGGAACCAAUAAAUAUAAUAACCAGAUAUUAUCUUUGAACAUGAAGCCACCUUUUUUUUUUUGUUUACAACAGGUUCCAGUUACAAAGAAUGAAGUAUUAUGCUGCACACAACCAAAAAUGUGAUGUUCACGUAUGUAGACGCCAGGUUGUAGGAGGUUAAUGAGGUUAAGUUUC